AUGGGAGGCAACAUCGUUGAUAUCAAGUCGGUGCAGGAAUGGAAGGAGAAGGUCCUCAACUCGAGUGACCCCGUCGUCGUCGACUUCCAUGCCGUAUGGUGCGGCCCUUGCAAGGCCAUCGCGCCCGCCAUUGAGAAGUUGAGCACCGAGCACACCAAUGUCAAGUUUUUCAAGGUCGACGUCGACGAGGUCAGCGAAGUCGCGGCAGAGAACGGCAUCUCUGCUAUGCCUACCUUCCUCUUCCUCAAGGGUGGCGAGAAGGUUGAGGCCGUUCGCGGCGCUAACCCGUCUGCUAUCCAGGCUGGUCUGCAGAAGCUGCUUGCCGCGUAA